AUGGUAAUUUGCAGAUCUAACAUUUGUAACAAGAGUUUUAAUUCCGGACAAUCUCUGAAGACACACAUGAAAAGACAUGUCGGUUUUAAGCCUCACAUAUGUGAAGUAUGCCAUAAGCGUUUUAUUGACAAAGGCGACUUGAAAAAGCAUCUACGAGUACACAGUGGCGAAAAACCUUACAGUUGUAACAUUUGCGGCAGAGCAUUCAGUUUGCCAAGUAGUCGUUCGUCUCAUAUGAAAAGACAUAAAGGUAUCAAAGAACAUCGUUGUGAUGUAUGUGGUACAAGUUUCACAGACAAAGGUGAUUUGACAAAGCAUAUGAGAAGAAAACAUGGUAACAAGAGACCAUUCAGCUGUAACACAUGUGGUAAAGACUUCAAAUACCCCAACUGUCUGGUAAUACACAUGAGAACACACGCGGAGGAGCGACCACAUAGUUGUGAGAUAUGUGGUAAAAGUUUUAAAGAAAAAGUUAGUUUAAAGUAUCACAUGAAAAUACAUACUGGUGAUAAACCGUAUAAAUGCAAUGUGUGUGGAAAAAGCUUUGCGUAUAAUACAAACAUGAAAAGCCAUAUGCGAAUACACAAUUCAGAGGUACCCACUAGACCUUAUAAAUGUGUUGUUUGUGUUAGCAGAUUUAUUACGAAAGGUGAGUUAGCAAAACACCAGAAGAUACAUAGUGACAAGAACCCAUAUUGCUGUUCAAUAUGUGGUAAAUGUUUUAAGAUAAAAAGCUAUUUAACAACUCACAUGAAAAUACAUACUGAGGAAAAAACACAUGGUUGUCUUACAUGUGGUAAAAACUUUAGAGAUAAAGCAAAUCUUACAAAACACAUGAUCACUCAUAAUGAUGAGAAAAAAAUUCGUUGUGAAAUAUGCGGUAGAUGUUUUAAGCUUUCCAGCAAUUUGAAGGAACACAUGGAAACACAUACUGGUUAUGAUAAACCACAUGAAUGUGAUAUAUGUGGUAAAAGAUUCAGGAAGAAUAAUUGUCUCACAAUUCAUAUGAGGACCCAUACUGACGAGAAGCCCUUCAAAUGCAUGGUGUGUGGUAAGGCGUUUAGACAAAACAGUAACCUAAACACACACUUGAAAAUACAUACGGGCAAUAAAUAUCAUAAGUGCGAUAUGUGCGAUAAAACAUUUAACUCUCCUGGAGAACUGUCUACUCAUAUGAGAAUACAUACUGGUGAGAAACCCUAUACUUGUGACACAUGUGGUAAAGGCUUUACUACGAAAAGAAACCUGACUACUCACAUGGACAUACAUUCUGAUUAUAAGGCUUUUGAUUGUGAAACUUGUGGCAAACGUUUUAGGUUAAAAAACCAUUUUGUAAGCCACAUGAGAACACACACUGGUGAAAAACCUUUUAAAUGUACUGAAUGUGGUAAAAGUUUUGCUGAAAAUGGGGCUUUAACAAUACACAAGAGAACACAUACCGGCGAAACUCCAUACGAAUGUGAAAUAUGUAACAGAAAAUUUUCCCAUCUUAGUAAUUUACAAAGGCACGUUAAAAAUACCCAUAAUGGUGAAAAACCCUAUCCUUGUGGUUCGUGCGAUAAAGCAUUUGGAAGCAACGCUCAGUUACAGAGACACACGAGAACACACACUGGUGAAAGGCCAUACAAGUGCGAAACGUGUGGUAAGAGCUAUCAAGAUUCUGGUGCAUUGAAGCGACACCAAGGAACACAUACGGGCAUUAAACCGUAUAGCUGUGAUACAUGUGAUAAAAAGUUUUUAACUGGAUAUGAGCUGACUAUCCACCAGAGAGUACACACCGGUUACAAGCCAUACACGUGUGACAGAUGUGGAAAAGGAUUCAAUCAGCAAACGCGUUACAGAGAUCACACGAUGAAAAGCUGCAUUGAAAUCUAAUUUAUCAUAUAAGAAUUUCAUAAAAAAGAACUAAAUUGUGGAACUUUAAUAGAAAAUUGUAGCCUGCACAUGACAAUAUGUGUUUCACGUUUUCUUUAGAUUGAUUGUAUAUAUGUUUAAUGAC